UUCCAAGUGUUGAUGAGGAGACACUUCAUCCAGGAAGUCACUGAGUGUCUGAAGGACUCAGCAAGCAGAAGAUACCUGCAGCUCCUGUUGGCCAAAGAUGAAGCCUGGAAGGUGUUGGUGGCAGAGGCUGAAUUGUCCAGGGAUGAGGAAGCUGCACUGUGUAAGGCUCUGAAGCUGCUCCUAGAGCUCCCAGCCCUGGAGGACAAAGAGCGGUUUCAACGAGAGCUGCAGGACAGGAAGAGGUUUCUGGAAGCUUUUCCCGAGUUGAAAAGAAAGCUGGAGGGAAACAUCAGGAAGCUCCGAGCUCUGGCUGACCAUCUUGACCAGGUGCACAGGGGCUGUACCAUCUCCAACGUGGUGACCAACUCCACCAGCACUGCCUCUGGAGUCCUGGGCAUCCUGGGUAUAGCUCUGGCUCCUGUGACAGCAGGGGGCAGUCUGCUGCUCUCAGCCACUGGGUUGGGGCUGGGAGCAGUGGCUACUGUGACUGGUGCUGCCACUGUAGUUGUGGAAGAAACAAGCAAGUGGUCAGAUGAGGCUGAAGCCAAACGCCUGAUGUCAGACACCAUGGACGUUAUGAGGCUGCUUCUUGUUCUGGGAAGGAGUAUACUCACAGUGUCUAGAAGACCUUAUGGUGUUCUCAAACAAUUGAAAACCUUGGGACAAAACAUCCGCGCCAUUAGAGCAGCCAGAGCCAACCUUCACUUAGUGGCAGAUGCCAAGCUCCUCUUGACGACUGGAGGAAUUCCUGCCCAACGAGCUAGUCAGCUGCAGAACGUCUUUGAAGGCACUGAUCUGGCAAUGACUCAAAAAGCCAGAAUAAGAGGGGCCGCUGUUGUGGGUGCCUUUUUUGCAUUGGAUGUGUAUUGCCUUGUAAGGGACUCAAUGCAUUUAUACGAUGGAGCAAAAUCAGAGUCGGCCCAAGAACUCCGGGUCCUGGCUCAGGAGCUGGAGGAGAAAUUGAGAGAGAUUGCCCAGAUCCACAAGACCCGCUAG